AUGUGGCAGUUCAUAAGAUUGCGAAUACUAACGUUGAUAAUCUUCAUAAGUGCAACUCAAGGAAUACUGGUCGUGGGCCCCAAAUUCAUUCGGGCCAACCAGGAUUACACGGUUGUGAUCAGUAACUUUAAGUUGAAUAUGAGCGAAGUAGGCCUGAUGCUACGGAUGGAAGGCCGAUCUAAUGAUGACAGAAGUGUGCUGAACUUAACGAAGUCGGUUGAUGUACGGCGGAAUACGAACAAAGUGAUCACCUUCAAAAUGCCUGCGGAUUUAUCAGCUGGAACUUACAAACUUACCAUCGCCGGGCAGCGUGGCUUUGGCUAUCAGAAGGAAGUUACAUUGGUAUACCUCGGUAAAUCCAUAUCGGGAUUAAUACAGAUCAAUAAGCCAAUGUUCAAACCGGGCGAUACGGUUAAAUUUCGUGUGAUAGUGCUAGAUACUGAGUUGAAGCCUCCUGUACGGGUAAAAUCAGUCCAUGCGACAAUCCGUGAUCCUCAAAACAAGGUGAUCCGCGUGUGGCCUUCGGCCAAGCUGUACGUCGGAGUGUUCGAGGGUGAUCUUCAGAUUGCGACAACUCCAUUACCCGGACUGUGGAAAAUUUCGGUGCAGAUGGACGGAGAAGAGCUCGUAUCGAGAACGUUCGAAGUGAAGGAGUAUGUGUUUGAUGUGGAGGUGAUACCGUGCGGCAUUCCGUUGAUGGAGCACCGGGGGUUGAAUCUGACAAUUGCAGCCAACUAUCAUUUUCGCAAACCAGUGAAGGGAUUAGCCACGGUGGAGCUGUAUUUGGAGGGCGAUAAGUUGAACCAGCAGAAGCAGGUCGCAAUGUACGGCAUGAGGCUGGUGGAGUUGGGAUUCGUUGGCCACUUUGACGAGCAUGAACAUGAAAAAGAUGUGUUGGUAAAGACGACCUUUAUCGAACAUCAUAAAAAUCGCACCGUGGUGAAAGAAUCUCAUAUUACUGUGUACAAGUACAAAUAUCGUGUGGAUUUGAUAAAAGAUAUUCCUUACUUCCAUCCGGGACUUCCCUUUAAAUGUGCGCUUCAGUUCCGGUACCACGAUGGAACACCUGCCAAAGGUAUCACCGGUAAAGUGAUCAUACUCGACAUCGAAUAUGAGAAAGCUGUCACUAGUGACGAUAGCGGUUUGAUCAAACUGGAGCUAAGCCCAGGGAACAGUUUACAAGAGAUGGUUAUUACCUUUGAAAGCGAUGACGGUUUCUACUUUGACGAAAAAGUUCAAGAUACAGGUAUUGCGUCGAAUGCGUUCAUCAAACUGGAAUUAAAAUCAACCCUUCGUUUGAAUCGUUUAGUGCAAGUCCAGGUAACAUGCAAUGAACCAAUGGCGUUUUUCGUGUACUACGUAAUGAAGAACGGCAACAUUAUUGAUUCCGGUUUCAUAAGAACGAACGAACAGAACAAAUAUCCCCUUCGGUUCAUUGCUUCGCAAAAGAUGAUUCCGUAUUUCAAAAUAAUAGUAGCGACUGUAAAGAACGAUAGGAUGAUGUUCGACUAUCUGGACAUCGAUUUCGAAGAACAUCAUAACAAUCUCCGUUUAAACCUAAACAAACAGGAAGUAAAACCGGGACAACAUAUAGAGCUCAGCUUAUCCGGACAACAAGAAACAUACGUAGGAUUAGUUGCAUACAACAAUGGUUUGAUGCACGACAACAAGAACCCAGAUUUGUUCUGGAAGGACAUUAUGCGAGUGUAUAAAGGAAUUGGUCCGAACGCAGAGAAGGAGUUUGACCUGUUUUAUAGUAUGGGGGUGUUCGUUAAGACAUUGGAUGAUAUCGUGUGCAAUGAAGCUCACGAUAUGUCAGCACGGGAUGGGCAUCAGAUGAGCAGUGCGAUCUCCAAAACAGUCUCGUACUGGACAGGCUUUCCAGAAUCGUGGCUUUGGCAGAAUGUGACAUUAGGCAAGUAUGGUACGCAUAAGAUGAUCGAGACCGUCCCAGAUAUGAUCACGUCCUGGUACUUGACGGGAUUCUCGAUUCAUCCGGAGUAUGGUUUGUCCAUCAUUAAGGAACCCGUCCAGUUAACAACGGCUCAGUCGUUCUACAUCGUGGAAAAUCUACCGUACUCCAUCAAACGAGACGAAAAGACCUUGUUUCUGUUUACUUUGUUCAGCAAUCUUGAAGAAGAGUACAUCGUGAAUGUGACACUGUACAAUGUGGCCAAUCAGAUGGAAUUCAUAGGACGACCUCUGGAAGACCUAAGCUACACCAAAUCCGUACUUGUUCCUCCGAAGGUUGGUAUACCUGUCUCAUUUCUGGUAAAGGCACGAAAGCUCGGCGAGAUGACGGUACGGAUUAAGGCAACAAUUAACACCAACCAAGAAUCGGACGCACUGGAGAAGGUGAUCCGAGUUAUGCCAGAAAGUUUGGUAGAGGCAAAGAUGCAAUCCCAGCUGUUCUACUUUGAUACAUACCAAAAUCAAACCUUCCUGAUGCAUUUGGACUUCCAUAAGAAGGCAGACAAUGGUUCUAAAAAGAUCGCGUUCCGACUGAAUCCCGGUCAGCCUACCAACAUAAUUGAUAACUUGAAUAAUCUGCUUGCAACUUCGUCUGGCAAUGGAGAGCAAAAUAUGGCAAAGUUUGUACCGAACAUCGUUGUGCGCGACUACUUGCAUGCAAUUGGCUCGAAGGAUCGGAGUCUGCUCGAUAAAGCUACCAAUCUGCUGCGCCAAGGCUAUCAAAAUCAGAUGCGCUAUCAUCAGCCAGAUGGUUCGUUUGGUGCGUAUCAAAAUGCUACUGGCAGCGUGUUUCUUACCGCCUUCGUUGCAAUGUCAAUUCAAACGGCGUCGAAGUACAUCAGCGAUGUGGAUACGGCUAUGGUCGAGAAGGCGUACGAUUGGCUUGCUUCCAAACAACACAGCUCGGGAAGGUUCGAUGAGGUCGGUGCCGUCAUUCACAAAGAUAUGCAAGGUGGUUUGCGCAACGGCAUUUCACUGACAUCUUAUGUACUGAUAGCGCUCCUAGAAAAUGAGAACGCCAAAGUGAAGCACGCGGUUGCGAUCCAAAAGGCUAUGUGCUAUUUAAGCGACAGCGUGGAAAACAUAGAACAUCCCUACGAUUUGUCCAUAGCGACCUAUGCGUUGAUGUUGAAUGGGCACAGCAAGAAGAAAAGGGCACUUGGAAAGCUUGUGGGAAUGGCAACUCCCUUGAAAAAGGACGUGACAAUGUACUUCGGCACGGAAAAUAACAUCGAGACUACCGGUUAUGCUUUGCUGUCCAUUGUGAUGGCGGAAUAUUAUGGGAACGGUAUACCGGUGAUGCGCUGGUUGGUGAACCAACGCUACGUUACCGGAAGCUUCCCGCGCACUCAAGACACCUUUGUGGGACUGAAGGCACUGACAAAGUUGGCGGAAAAAGUCUCUCCCUUGCGACACGAAUACAUCGUACAGCUGCAGGGUAGAAAGUCAAUUUCUACCUUAAAACAAACAACAACAACGGGAAAUUUCCACAUAAAACCUGAAGAUAUCUACUUUCAAAUGAGUAGACACAUACCGGAAGACACUCAAUGGCUGGAGAUCAGCGUUGCUGGUAUCGGUUUCGGCAUUGUUCAAGUGAUUUAUGAGUACAGUUUAAAUCUUGUGAAUUUCCCUCAACGAUUCGAUCUGAAUCUGGAGAAACAGAACACGGGGUCCAGCUACGAACUACGGCUGAAAGUGUGUGCCAGCUUCAUAUCGAGAAUGACCAAUACUCGUUCGCAUAUGGCACUCAUCGAGGUAACCUUCCCCAGCGGGUACGAAGUCGACCAAAAUCCGGUCAGCGAACAGACUACCGCAAAUCCCAUACAACACAUCGAGAUUAGGUACGGUGGCACAUCCGUUGUCGUGUAUUACAACAACAUGGGCACCGAACGGCACUGUUUCACCGUGACGGCUUACAGGCGGGGCAAGGUGGCUAUGAAGCGUCCAGCAUACGUAGUCGCUUACGAUUAUUACGACAGAGAUUACAAUGCCAUUGCAAUGUACGAAGUGGAUGACUAA